GAGAUCCCGCCAGUCAACAUGGCGGCCCCCAGCAGGUCGAUUUCUCUUUACAGAAAUUUGCUAAAAGAACUGAAGCAUGUUUACAAAGAUAAAACAGAGUCACCUGCUCAAAGUUUUGUGAAAGAUCAGUUUCGUAAUUUCCAGGUGACAACUGAGAAAGUAUGUCGUGGGCGAAAUGAAGUUUACCACACGGGUGAAACCUAUCUGUGUUUGUUACAGAAUCUCCGUAAAUAUGAAGAAUUACAUGCCCAGUAUCAUUCACAAGAACGAAGUAUUGAAUCUAGUGCACAUUUAGUGGGACUUGAAUUACCUAAGACGUAUAAUCCUGAUUCUAAUCCAUCUAAUAAAUAAAACCCAGAACAUUGUCUGAUAGAAAAAAUCCAAUGGAUAAACUCAAUAAAAUCCAGUGGAUAAACUCAGUAAGGUCCAGUGGAUAAACUCAGUAAAAUCCAGUGGAUAAACUCAGUAAAGUCCAGUGGAUAAACUCGGUAAAAUCCAGUGGAUAAACUCAGUAAAGUCCAGUGGAUACUCUCAGUAAAAUUAAAUGGAUAAAUUCUACAAAAUCCAAUGGAUAAAUUCAAAGAAAUUAGGUAUCUAGUAAAUGAACCACAUUAAAUUUAAAAAAAAAAAAAACAACAACAUGAUCUGUUACUUUGUUAUAUGAAAUGAUAAGCAUAUUCUCCUUGUGUAUGAUACCCAUCAUUUUAAACAUUAUAGUUGUUCAGGCAAUAUAUAUCAGGCAAACUUUAUUAACAGACAAAAUAAGUUUUUCGUACAGAGAUUGUAUUGUGAGCUUUCCACAUCCAAAAAAAAAAAGCAAGCACCAUAAUGGAAAAUGUUCGACUCAUUCUAGGUAAAAUAUAUACCUGGUGACCUUGAAUGACGCACGAAAAAAAUACUUAUUAAAGGGAGAUAAUAUAUAUUGUAUUGUACUAGAGACAGUGUUUAUACCUGAUUGUAAAUAGCAUGAGUAAGUUUCUAAGAGUGUUUCAGUAAUUUGAAAUAAAAUUAGUCUAAAUUA